ACAAACAAACUUGUCUGAAAGCACACACAAAAAAAAAACACACACAUACUCUCUCUUUCCUCUCCCUGUCUCUCUCUACUGUAUCAGAGAGUGUAGAGAGAGAAAGAAAGAAAGUAAUACAUUUGAGGGAAGAGUAAAGCAAAGACUAUCUUGUCAAUGUUAGGGUUUUCUUAGAACUUAAAGAAUAAAAAAAUAGUAACAGAAACAAAAACAAACCCAUUAAAGUAAUAAAAAAAAAGAAAAAAAGAAAGUUAUUCUCAAAGAAGAAGAAGAAGAAGAAGGAAAAAGUGGAAUAUAUAAAGCUCAGAGAGUGAAAAUGUUGGUAACCAUUUGAACCCGAUUAGGAGGAUCCGAUUUCUACAGUCCAAGAUCUCAGAAUCUACAUUGUGGUAGUGGAGUUUUGUGAUUGAAGUUUUGCUGGUUUAUGACUUGAUUAAUUAAAGUUGUGAGGAUCUGGGCUUGCAUUUUACCGAAAGUACAUCCGGGUAUAUGAAUAAUUCAGAGAAGAGCUAAUUUAGCAAUAGUAGGGGGAAGAUGAAGUCUGACAUGCCUCUUGAUUAUGCUGUGUUCCAAUUGUCACCAAAACGUUCACGUUGUGAGUUGUUUGUCUCAAGUGAUGGAAACACAGAGAAGCUUGCAUCAGGAUUAGUUAAGCCAUUUGUGACCCAUUUAAAGGUUGCAGAAGAGCAGGUUGCACUUGCAGUUCAGUCGAUUAAGCUUGAAGUUGAGAAGCGAAGAAAUGCUGAGACGUGGUUCACUAAAGGAACACUGGAAAGGUUUGUUCGGUUUGUUAGUACACCAGAGGUCUUGGAACUGGUUAACACAUAUGAUGCAGAGAUGUCUCAGUUGGAAGCAGCCCAGAGAAUAUAUUCACAGAGGGCAGGAGAUCAGAAUUCUGGGGCAUUAGGUGGAGAUGGAAUAGGAACCGCAGGAGCAGCAGAUGCAACAAAGAAGGAGCUUCUAAGGGCCAUUGAUGUACGGCUUGUUGCAGUUAGGCAGGACUUGACCACAGCUUGUGCUCGUGCAUCAGCUGCUGGUUUUAACCCUGAUACAGUGUCUGAACUCCAUCAUUUUGCAAAUCGGUUUGGCGCUCAUCGCUUGAAUGAAGCAUGCACCAAAUUUAGGUCACUGUGCCAAAGAAGACCGGACCUCUUAAUCAACACGUGGAAGCCAGGUGUCGACGACACAGCCAUCCGAUCAUCCACAGGGUCUGACAUGUCAAUCGAUGACCCCACUUCAGCAGAAGACCCAAACAAUGGGACCCACCACCCAACAACAACAACAACAACAGUAGCAGCCGGUCAAGACCAACAACAUCAAAAACAGCAACACAGUUUUAGCGUAACGCAAAACCAAUCACAGAUCUCCACGUGUCAGCAACCCAAGUUCCCCACGAGACGAAACUUAAACGAGAAAAACGAACCCAACCAACCCGCCAAUACUGCAACAACAGCACAGCUUGCAAACAACAUUAACAACAACGAAAACAAGAAAGAAGAUUCUUUGCCUGUGACCGAGUCAUCAGACUCUCCACCAUUUUCUUCUUCCAUCGCGGCGAGUCAACCCGCGAGGCGGCUCAGCGUGCAGGACCGUAUUAACCUCUUUGAGAACAAGCAGAAGGAGACAGGCGGCGGUAGCGGUGGUAGUGGUAGUGGUGGCGGCGGCGGCAAGCCGGUUGUCGUUGGGAAGGCGGUGGAGCUCAGGAGGCUCUCUUCUGACGUGUCGACUGCCGCGGCGCCACCUCUGCCGGUGUUGAGGAGAUGGAGUGGUGCCAGUGAUAUGAGCAUUGAUGUUAGUGGAGAAAAGAAGGACGUAGAGAGCCCCUUGUGUACACCGUCUUCUGUUAAUUCUCCGUUUGUUUCGCUGCCCAAAUCGAAUAGUAGUAAUGGGUUUUUGGGCAGUGGAGCUGAGGAUCAUAAGGAUAAGGAUAAGAAGGGAUUGUUGAAUGACACUGCAAGCUCUGUUGGGUUGAAAGAUCAAGGUAAAGAAGAGGAGGAUGUGGGAGUGAAGGGGCGGACGAAUUGGAAGGAUCAUAAAGUAGUGGGGUCUCUGAAUCAAUCAAGGGAUUUCAGUGAUCAAGAGGUUUCUCAGGAGAAGUUGAAGGUUAAAGAUCAUCAAGUUGUGGGUUUUGCAAGCAAGGUAGGAGAUGGUGCAUCGGAUGGUGGAUUUGUAAAUAGGGAUCGGUCUGAGGUUGUUGGAGGGAAGAAUCAAGUUGGAGGUUUUGGAAGCAAGGUAGGGGAUGGAUCAUCUGAUGGUGGGUUUGUAAAUAGAGUUGGGGAUUCGGGACCGGUGACUCAAUCACGUUCUAGGGUUUAUAAUAGUCAUACCCGCUCUUUUUCAGGACAGUUGGAAGGUGGUAGUGGGCUAAAACUUCGGGAAGCCGCCCCUUCGGGUCUGGCGAAAGGAGUUGAGGGUGAUCAAUUGGAUCCUCAGUCCAAGUGGAGAUCUUUUACGAGAGAACUAGAGGAGGUGGGAAAGAAAGAAUUGGGUUCAUCAGAUAGGCAACAAUUGAAAGUGGAAGAAUCUGGAACCCAGAACAUGAAGUUUCAGAAAGUGGAAGAAUCUGGACCCCAGAGCAUGAAAUUUCAGAAACCAGUUUCUGCUAGUCGUGAGCAGAUUAAGAAGCCUCAGGGUAGUAGGAAGGAUGAGGCUGGUUUUUCUUAUGAAAAUAACAAGUUGGAUUAUCCUGGUAAAAAGGCUUCGGAGGCUCAGGAAAGCAUUCCUACGAUGCCAACAAUGCCAUUGGAGCAAGUUCAGAGAGUUAGACAGUCUAAGGGAAAUCAGGAGCUCAAUGAUGAGCUGAAAAUGAAGGCUAAUGAGCUUGAAAAGCUUUUUGCUGAGCACAAGCUUCGGGUUCCCGGGGAUCAGUCUGGUUCUGCACGGAGAAACAAGCCUGCUGAAAAACAAAUGGAAAAGGCAGCAAGUUCACAGUAUAAAAAACCAGAAGCAGUGGAGGUAGCUCCUGCACAAUUAUCUGAAAAACCUUCAGUGAUUGAACCAGCUGGGACUUCUAUUAAUAUGGCAAAGUUCAAUACCUCUACCCCGCCGCCAAUGAAGAUGGUAGAUAUUCAGGAUUAUGGUGAUAGUCUGAGGAAGAACUUUGCUGAGCUUCAUUUCACAGAUGAUUCCAGAGGAAAAUUCUAUGAGAAGUACAUGCAAAAAAGAGAUGCUAAACUGAGGGAAGAAUGGAGUUCCAACAGGGCAGAGAAGGAAGCCAAGAUGAAGGCCAUGCAGGAUAACCUUGAGCAGAGUAAAGCUGAGAUGAAGCUCAAGUUUUCUGCCUCUGCUGAUAGGGAUGUCUCUAGUGCUCGUAGACGUGCAGAUAAACUCAGAUCUUUCAAUUUUCGGUCGAGUGUGAAGAGGGAACAGCACCCAAUAGAUUCCUUUCAGAGUGAAGACGAUGAAGACCUUUCUGAAUUUCCUGAACAUAAAUUUUAUGGACAAGACAGAUUUUUCAGUGAGCCAUCUGUGGGAGAUGUUGCUUCCAGAAGUGCUCAAGCAAAGAAGAUUUUGCCUAACAGAAAUGUGUCUAUAUCUACUCCUCGCACCACAGUAAAUUCAGUUACACGGUCAUCAGCCAAAGUCUCCAAUUCCAGUUCUGGGAGGAGAAGAGUGCAAGCAGAAAAUCCUCUAGCACAGUCAGUUCCCAACUUCUCAGAUUUCAGGAAAGAAAACACAAAACCUUCUUUGGGAGUUGGCAAAACAACCCCCCGCUCACAGGUGAGAAACUUUAACCGCAGCAAGAGUAUCAGUGAAGAGGCACCAAAUGCUAAGGAAGAGAAGCCACGGCGGUCUCAGUCCUCAAGAAAAAGUGCCUCUAAUCCUGUAGAGUUGAAGGAUUUGUCCACUGUGAACUCUGACAACUCUGUUUUGGCUCCAUUAAAAUUUGAUAAAGAGCAGACUGAGCAGAUCCCAUCUGAAAAAAUUUCAAAGAAUGUGGAUUCAAAGGCUUUCCUCAGGAAGGGUAAUGGCAUAGGUCCUGGUGCUGGAGCUAGUAUAGCUAAGCUGAAAGCUUCAUUGGCAUCCGAGACUUUGGAAAAUGACGAAGAAUAUGAAUCAGCCUUUGAGGCAGAUGAUGUGGAUAUGGCCAAAGAGGAAGAAGAGGAAGAAGAUGAAGAGCUUGAAACCAUGCCAGUCGAAGAUUGUGCUGACGUGGAUAAUGGAGAAACAAGACUAAGUCAAGAAUAUGACAAGUCAGCUAAUUCUGGGUCUGAAAAUGGCGAUUCCGUGAGAUCUCUUUCUCAAGUGGACCCUACUUCUGUUACUGAAUUGCCUGCUACUGUGCCUUCAACUUUCCACAAUGUAGGAUCUCUGCAGGACUCACCAAAUGGAAGUCCAAUCUCAUGGAAUUCACGCAUGCAUCAUCCAUUUUCAUACCCACAUGAGACCUCUGAUAUUGAUGCUUUUGUGGAUUCUCCAAUUGGGAGCCCUGCAUCUUGGAAUUCUCAUAGUCUUACCCAAUCAGAGGCUGAUGCAGCUCGAAUGAGAAAGAAAUGGGGAGCUGCUCAGAAGCCUAUUAUUGUUGCCAAUGCAUCCCACAAUCAGUCUCGUAAGGAUGUCACAAAAGGGUUUAAACGGCUAUUGAAGUUUGGAAGGAAAAGUCGCGGAGCUGAUAGUUUGGUUGACUGGAUCUCUGCUACAACUUCUGAAGGAGAUGAUGAUACAGAAGAUGGGCGUGAUGUUGCCAAUAGAUCAUCAGAAGACUUGAGGAAGUCGAGAAUGGGAUUCUCACAUGGUCAUCCUUCUGACGACAGCUUCAAUGAGAGCGAGUUCAAUGAACAGGUCCAAGCCUAUAGCUCUAUCCCAGCACCUCCAGCAAACUUCAGACUAAGGGACGAUCAUUUGUCCGGAAGCUCCUUAAAAGCUCCAAGAUCAUUUUUCUCGCUCUCAUCAUUCCGAAGCAAGGGAAGUGAUUCAAAGCCUAGAUAAUCAUUGAGUGGAUGGUCCGGAGCAAAUGUGUUGGAUUGUUGAAAUUGGUAGGGUGUAAAGGAUUAUAAGAUACAAAUGCUUGAGGUAGGGAUGAUACGAACAUUUAUAAAAGAUCUAGAAUGGACUAUGUAUAUCUUCUUGGUCUCAUGAGGCCUUCCUCAUGAUUUAGUCGGUAAUCUCAUAGUGUGAUUCAAUAUUUUGUAUAUGCUAUUGAACGAAGAGUCGCUAUUUUUGGUUGUAUUUGUCAAAAUUUUGUGAAUGUUUGUAAUCAAUUUACGUCAGAGACUUUUGUCAUUGAA